UUUACCUCUAUCAUGGUUGCCGACGUUUUUAUCCGGAUCUACGGUUAGGAGUCUUUUAGUUCAUACAUUUGUGGUAGCUCGGCUUACACGGUUGCUUUAACAUUUCUCAAUAUUCCCACAUCUCCGUCAUUCCUGAGUAGACAGAGGGAGAGCGGGGGACUUCACCCGCAACCUAACGAGUUCUAAUGAGAUGGCGUCCUCGCAUCAUGUUGAAAUGGAGGCAGCGAAGUUUCUUCACAAACUUAUUCAGGAAUCAAAAGAUGAGCCUGCGAAGUUGGCAACUAAACUUUAUGUGAUAUGCCAACACAUGAAACUGAGCGGGAAAGAGCACUCUUUGCCAUAUCAAGUAAUAUCCAGGGCCAUGGAAACUGUUAUCAAUCAACAUGGUAUUGAUAUUGAGGCAUUGAAAUCAUCACGCCUUCCUUUGGCUGGUGGAACUCAAAUAGGGGACCCUGGAAAUUCAAAGGUGAUGGAAAAGGAAACAACUGAUAAUACACCAUCUAUAGGUGCCAGUGAUGUAUCUUUUAGAAGUGGAACUUCCAGUGCAUGGCAUCCUGGAUCAAGUAGUAAAACCAAGGAAGUUGUUUAUGGAGGAUCUAGCCAGGGGGUUGGGGCUUUAAAAGACUCUAAAACAAGUUUAGUUGACAAUGAGAUUCCCAAGCAUGAGGCAACUAUUCUAAACAGGCCACCUGUUGGUCCAAGCAGGAUGGAAAAUGUUGGACAUGAUCUUCAUCAGGGGUCUCUAUCUCAGAGAAGUGCCAAGUUAUUUGAUCAUGAAAGUCCAUCCAGUAUGGAUACUAGAUCAGGAAACUCACAGGAAAGGCGUGAUACGGCAAUGCUUGAUAAACAAGGACUUCAGAAAGAUACUAAAAAAGGCAGUUCUAAGAGGAAGAGAGCAGAUUCAACAUCAUCUGUUGAAGCACAUACAGAUUACGCCCAGCAGCUAGAUACUUCCAGUGCUGGAUUCACUCCAAGGAAGGGGAAGCCUAUGAACAAAGGUGAUUUAGAUCCUUCCCAGAACAGUAGUCACGGGGAACAUCUCUCACCUUUAUCUGGUGGCAUGGGAUCGGUGUUUAGAGCAAAGCAAGAAAAUCAGAAUUUACAUGAUAUUCUCAGUUCUAGGGGUCUCUGGAAUCAGAGUAAAGGGGGGUUACAAUCUGAAAAUUCUCAUGGCUCUAGGAUUUCUCCUAAUGUUGUUCCAAGUUCAACAGGAGAAAUUUCUAUGUCCCACUUAUCAACUCCAUCUCUUGCAGGAAGCAAAGAAGCUGUUAAUAGUAGAAAUGAGCAGAAGCAUAACAUUUAUGACUCCAAGCUGUCUGAAAACCAGACCUUUGACUAUUCUGCCCAGUCUUCUGAACAUGGGGGUCCUGGAAGACCCCCAGGACCAAUAAAUAGUAGUAUCUUGCAGGGUGCGACUGCAAUAUCAGGUGGUUGUGGCAAGGUUCAUGGAGGCAUGCCUGGUGCUUUUAGUUCAUAUGCAAUGGCAAAACAGGGUUUAUCUCCUCCAAUACAAUUCAACAAUUCCUCAUUUGAUGGUCAUGAUUUGGCCUCAAAGUUGCACAAGGAAAGAAGCAUAGAUACUGCAUCCGUUUCACAGUUGGCACAAAGAAGCAACGAUAGAAUGUCUAUUGAAACUUCCAUGAAAGGUCCUGCAAUGGAUAUCUCCUCUAAAUAUUUUGUUGAUUCUGAACAUAGAAAGCAUGGGUUUAUGAAAGAUGAAAUGCCAAGCACUUCUGAGAAAGGUGUGGAAGCACAAUUGUUUUCAGCUACUCGAGGGGAGGAAACAUCAACAUCUUUAUCAGCUGGAAAGGUUGUAGAGCAGGAUGGAGGCAUUUCACAUACACCAUCCAAUAUAUCUAAGAUGGUUCAGGGUGCCGAGUCAAACAGUAAUGUGGAAAUGAUCUCAGUUCGAAGUGGAGCUCCUAGGAAUACGGGAAAAAUUCUGGUACAUGAAUCUCCUGCUAGCUCUUCCAUGCCCUUUAAGGAACAACAUUUGAAACAACUCAGAGCUCAGUGCCUUGUUUUUCUGGCAUUCAGAAAUGGUUUGGUGCCUAAGAAAGUUCAUCUUGAUUAUGCUCUUGGUGGCAUCACCCCUAAAGAAGGUGUUAGUGUAGAUGGGGCCCGCAGAGAAUUGAAUGAUGCUAGGGGAAAAGAGCUAUCUUCAAAAGAGCCAACUGGCAAUAAUGAAGUUGGGGCUGCGUCUGGAAGAUCAAAUGAUAUCAGGGAAACUGAAAGGGUUGCUCCAGGUUCCUCCUCUACAGGAAGUUUAAUAGAAACUGACUCCUUGUCCAAAGACAUGGAGAACCAAAUGAUGGUGAAGGGUAAAAAGGGUCCACCAUCUGACUGGGCUGCAUUUGCAGAAGAAAGGAAACGGCUUUUAGCUGCAAGAAGAAAAACUGAGGCUGAAAUGCAAACCCAGGAGGUGGCAGAAUCACAAGGGGCAGUAUCUAUGAUAUUGGAAUCUGAUUCUGCGAGGAAUGGUGGAAGGUUUUCAGCUGAGAAUAAUCAUGAAAAAGGUGAUCCCGACAAUAGCCAUCGGUUAUUUGGAAGAGCAAACCAGAUUAGCUCUUCUGUCCUGGGGGUAAAUAGACAGCAGAAGCCUGAGAUUACCAGUUGGACCGGAAUUGGAAGCCAUAAUGAGGCUCCUAGGGCAACACUAACAUCCUCAGCUGUUCUGCAUGAACAAUUGUCAGAAAGGGUUGAUAUUUCUCUAAACCAGUCUCAGAUUCCAGUUAAUGGCGAUAGAGUGAACAAAUUUUUGAAGGCAGACUCUCCUGUUAUGCAAACAAAUCAGCAUGCAGAUAAAUAUGCUUCAGCUUUUCCAUUAAAAGAGCAGAUUAAACCUUUUUCAGGGAAGGAUAUUGAGCCUCAAACCACAAUGCCUUUGAAGGAUGUCAGUCAGUUAAGUUCACAUGUAUUGCAGGGAGAGAAUGCUACUUCUAAAAUGGAGCCUGUUGUUUUUAAUAGCUUUAUGGAUUCUUCAGUCAGUGGUGGAAAUAGUUGUACAAGUGAUCAGAGGGUUUCUGAGGGCCAAAUGCAACGAACUUUAGAAGUAUGCAAGAUGGUUACCCCCAAUGAGACACUAAAAUAUGGGAAUUCAGUUACAAUGUUGGACAAGAGUACAGAACUGGAAGAUGAUGAGAACUUAAGUUCAGCUGACAUGCCACCUUCUCCAAAGUACACCACUUCGGAGAAAUGGAUUACGGAUCAGCAAAAAAGAAAACUUCUUGAAGAGCAAACUUGGGCACUAAAACAGAGGAAGAUGGAGGAAAAAAUAUCUGCAUGUGUUGAUAAACUAAAGGAAACUGUGAGUUCAUCUGAAGAUAUUUCUGCCAAGACAAAAAGUGUCAUUGAACUGAAAAAGCUUCAACUGCUCGAGCUUCAACGCCGUUUGCGGAGUGAUUUUCUGCAUGAUUUCUUCAAACCUAUUGCAUCUGACAUGGAGCGGUUGAAAUCAAUUAAGAAACAUAGGCAUGGACGGCGGUUGAAACAGCUCGAAAAGUUUGAACAGAAAAUGAAGGAGGAGCGGCAGAAGAGAAUUCGUGAGAGGCAGAAGGAAUUCUUCAGUGAAAUAGAAGUUCACAAGGAGCGAAUGGAAGACUGGUUUAAAAUUAAGAGGGAACGUUGGAAGGGUUUCAAUAAAUAUGUAAAGGAGUUCCAUAAGAGGAAGGAAAGGAUACAUCGUGAGAAGAUUGACAGAAUCCAGCGUGAGAAGAUUAACCUCUUAAAGAACAAUGAUGUGGAAGGUUAUCUACGAAUGGUUCAGGAUGCAAAAUCAGAUCGUGUCAAGCAAUUGCUCAAGGAGACAGAAAAAUAUCUUCAGAAGCUGGGUGCUAAACUACAGGACGCAAAGGCCAUGGCAAGGCGUUUUGAGAUGGAAAUGGAAGAGAACCGAGCUGCAAAUGUUGUUGAAAAAAAUGAGAUUCCUGCUGAUAAUGAAGAUGAGAGUGACCAGGCUCAGCAUUAUCUGGAAAGCAAUGAAAAGUACUAUAUGAUGGCUCACAGUGUAAAAGAAAGCAUAGCAGAACAACCAACUUGUCUUCAGGGUGGAAAACUGAGGGAGUACCAAAUGAAUGGCCUUCGGUGGUUGGUUUCGUUAUACAAUAAUAACUUGAAUGGGAUUCUUGCUGAUGAGAUGGGUCUUGGUAAAACUGUUCAGGUUAUUGCUCUAAUUUGUUACUUAAUGGAAACCAAAAAUGACAGAGGACCCUUUCUGGUGGUAGUACCAUCAUCUGUUUUACCUGGAUGGGAGUCAGAGCUUAGCUUCUGGGCACCUGGUAUAAAUAAAAUAGCUUAUGCUGGUCCUCCAGAGGAGCGUCGCAGAUUAUUCAAAGAUAUGAUUGUCCAUCAGAAAUUUAAUGUCCUUCUGACAACAUAUGAGUACUUGAUGAACAAACAUGAUCGGCCAAAGUUAAGCAAAAUACAAUGGCAUUACAUUAUAAUUGAUGAAGGUCACCGCAUAAAGAAUGCUUCCUGCAAACUGAAUGCAGACUUAAGGCAUUAUCAGAGCUAUCAUAAAUUGCUGUUGACUGGAACACCUCUGCAGAACAAUCUUGAUGAGCUGUGGGCACUACUUAACUUCCUCUUACCAAACAUUUUCAACUCAUCAGAAGAUUUUUCUCAAUGGUUCAAUAAACCAUUUGAGAGUAGUGGUGAUAAUUCACCUGAUGAAGCUUUACUAUCCGAGGAGGAGAAUCUAUUGAUUAUAAAUCGUCUCCACCAAGUUCUUCGGCCCUUUGUGCUCCGUAGGCUGAAACACAAGGUUGAGAAUGAACUGCCUGAGAAGAUUGAAAGACUUGUAAGAUGUGAAGCUUCUGCUUAUCAAAAGCUAUUGAUGAAGAGAGUAGAAGAUAAUCUUGGUUCAAUUGGAAAUUCAAAGGGCCGAUCGGUGCACAACUCUGUGAUGGAAUUACGUAAUAUAUGCAAUCAUCCGUAUCUCAGCCAACUUCAUGCAGACGAGGUUGAUAGUUUUAUACCUAAGCAUUAUCUUCCACCAAUUGUUAGACUUUGUGGAAAGCUUGAAAUGUUGGAUCGAUUGCUACCCAAGCUAAAAGCAACUGAUCACCGGGUUCUCUUUUUCUCUACAAUGACAAGACUGCUUGAUGUAAUGGAAGAAUAUCUCCACUGGAAGCGUUACAAGUAUCUUCGGUUAGAUGGACAUACUUCAGGAAAUGAACGUGGAGCUCUUAUUGAAGAGUUCAACCGACCUGAUUCUCCUGCUUUUAUAUUUUUGCUCAGUAUUCGAGCUGGGGGUGUUGGAGUGAAUCUCCAAGCUGCUGAUACUGUUAUCAUUUUCGACACUGAUUGGAAUCCACAGGUUGACCUGCAAGCUCAGGCAAGGGCUCAUAGGAUUGGUCAGAAGAGGGAUGUACUUGUUCUGCGGCUAGAGACGGUUCGGACUGUAGAAGAACAAGUUAGAGCUGCAGCUGAGCACAAACUGGGAGUUGCUAAUCAGAGCAUUACCGCUGGUUUUUUUGACAACAAUACUAGUGCAGAGGAUCGAAGGGAAUAUUUGGAGUCCCUCCUAAGGGAGUGCAAGAAAGAAGAGGUUGCCCCAGUUUUAGAUGAUGAUGCUCUCAAUGACCUUUUAGCACGCAGUGAGUCCGAACUGGAUGUUUUUGAAUCAGUUGACAGACAAAGGCGGGAAGAAGAGAUGGCAGCAUGGAAGAAUUUGGUGCAGGAACAGGAUAAAGAUUGUUCUGAAUCUUUACCCCCCAUGCCUCCACGUCUGGUCACAGAUGAUGACUUACUGACAUUCUAUAAAGCUAUGCAGAUAUUUGAUGCAUCUAAUGUACCAGCAAAGCGGAAAAGUGAAUAUCUUGGUGGGCUUGAUACCCAACAGUAUGGCAGGGGCAAACGGGCCAGAGAGGUACGCUCCUAUGAGGACCAGUGGACAGAAGAAGAAUUUGAAAAGAUGUGUCAGGUGGAUUCUCCUGAAUCCCCCAAACCCAAGGAAGAAAUAAUUGAAGGGAAUGUGGCAACAGAAACCAGUGGAUCUAAAGCAGUCGUAGGGACAACAGAACCACUGACUUCUGUACCACCGCCACCUCCAUCCACAGAGCAGCCACAGGUACCAGGUAAAGAGCAACCACCAGCAUCCAGACGAGGACGGGGUAGGCCAAAAAGAGCAACAGCAGAUAUUUCAGUAUCUCCAGGGAUUGUUUCCACUCCUGAGAGUACAAGCAAACUGAAUAUGGGACAGAAAACAGUGGUUCCAAGUUCCACUGCCACCCUUACCCCUGAUGGUUCGGUUCCAUUCUCUACUACCACUGCUAUCCCAGAUGGUUCAAUUUCAAGUUCCACUGUUACCCCUGCUUCUGGUGGUUCAAUUCUUAGUUCCACUCCAGCCCCUGUCUGUGAUAGUUUUCCUGGUUCUGUUACUGUCAGGAGUCUGAGUGGAACCACACAACCAGGAUUAAGCUUAAGCACUGCCCCUGGUUCUUUAAUCACUACUCCUAUUCCAUCUGCUCCCAUGCCAAUUAAGGGACAAAACAGGAAGACUCAAAGUGGAUCAGAAGCACCUCGUCGUAGGGCAAAGAAACAAACUUCUGGAUCAUCAUCAGUUGGCCCUGAUAUUAGUCCCAUUUCAAGAAUGCCAAAGGAAACAAGUCUAGCAACAGAUAGCUCUCUAACUUCUUUCACACAAGAAAAGCAAAAGGCAGCAAGCAGAUCACCUGCAAUUACAAAUCCACCUGCUGUUGUUGGCCCUGAAACCAACCCAAUUUCAAGAAUUCCAAAGGAUAUAAGCAUGGUAUCUGAAAGUUAUCCAAAUUCUACUUUUGCCAUACCAAAUGUUGUAAGUAGACCACCUGGAACGUCGAAUACGGCUACUAUUGUUAGUUUUGAGGUUAACCCAAUCUCAGGAUUACAGAAGUUAGUUGAAUUGGUUCCAGUUCGAACUACAAUUCCGACCUUUGUUCAAGAUAAAUAUACAAGUGUGGUCCCUGGCCUGGACAAAAAGGAAACUGAAAGUAAAGUUGAGAAAAAACCCAAUUCUAUUGGGGCCACCACUACUACAGCAAGAAAAGAUAGCGUGGAACCCAGAAAGAAUGAUGGCCUGAAGGGCAGCAUGUUGUAUGCAGGACAAGAGCACAAGGUUGACCAAACAUCUGCACCUGUUGUGUCCACAUUGGCACAAGAUUUGAGGGAAAGGAGGUCCCUUCGUAUGGGGUCCAUAGAUCAUCAAAAAUCAACUGAAAAACCAGAAUCUGCUUCUGCCCUGAGUGUGCAGAAAACUGUACCUGUUUCUGAUGCCUCAAAAGUAGCAACUUCAGGUAAUAUAAGAGGUGAUGGAGAUAAAACCCUGGGUCAUCCUACCGUCAAGCCAGUUGGAUUUGCUACAGGCCAAGGCAACAUUCACACUGCCAAUGCAUCAAGUUUGAGCACCCAGGACACAAGGAGAGAAAUUCCUUCGAUCCCUGCUCCAUUGCGUCAAACUAAAUCUUCUGCAGAGAAAGAUAAGUGCAAAUCAUCUGUUCCUGCUAAGAGGGGUUCUAGAAAGAAAGACUUAAGUGCUCCCAAUAAUAAACCAGCUGCUGUUGUGAUGAAUGAUGCUUCAAACAUCAUUGAGACAAUACCGACAGCACAUUCAACCUUGGUUGGCCCGUUGGUGGCUGAAAGCAAUAGGAGCACUAAGAAAGCCAGCACUGUUAGAGAUAAACAGGAUAUUACUGCAAAGAAAAUGCGCAGUGUAGCCCCUGAUGUGGCUUGUCAAACCAAUUCUCUUGUUGUAGUAUCUGAUCAAAAGCCAAGUGCAACUGAUAAAUUGGAACUUUCUUCCCAAACCAGCCAGCAAGUGGGUCCUUCAGUAUUGCAGGAGAAUAUUCCCAUGUCCAUAGAGAGGAACUCUGCUGCCAUAGAAGCCAGUGGACCAGGAAAUGUCACCCCUGAGAAAGAUAAGAUCAGCCCUCCUGAUGUCCCAACUGACAAGAGUGCAACCUCAACUGAGAAUUCAAAUAUUUCUGCUCAAGACAAGCAGCUGACUCAGUCAGCAGUAGGGAGGAACUCUUCAGCCAGAGAAGCCAGUGGACCAGGAAAUGUCACCCCUGAGCAAGAUAAGAAGAUUACUCCUCUUGAGGUCCCAACUGACAAGAGUGCAACCUCAACCGAGAAAUCAAAUAUUUCUUCUCAAGACAAGCAGCUGACUCAGUCAGCGGUAGAGAGGAACUCUUCAGCUGGUGAAGCCAGUGGACCAGGAAAUGUCACCCCUGAGCAAGAUAAGAAGAUCAGUCCUCCUGCAGUCGUAACUGACCAGAAGCUAAAAUCUACUGAGAAAUCAAAUAUUUCUGCUCAAGACAAGCAGAUAUCUCGGUCAGCAGAAGAUGUGAAUGCUGCAAAUCCCAUAUGCAAAAGUGUUGCAUGCAUAGAAUUGAGUGAUGUCAAAUCUUCAUCUGCGUCAGAGGACGGAAGCUUGCCAUCCCAAGUUGAGUUCUCUCAAAAGCCAGCAGCAUUUGUCUUGCAAUCUGGGGAGACCCAAUCAAGUGGCAUAAAUGAUGCUGCUUCUGUAAGGGAGGUUGGAAUUUGCUCCUCUGAAACUACAAUUGUCUUGGGUGGCAAAGAUGGGGCUUUGACAUUGUCUCCAGUUUCAAACCUGCCAAAUGAAAAACUUGAAAACCCAUCUGCCGAAAUAAAUGCUGCAAAAGCAGUACAAGAUAAAACAAAUGUCCUUGUGAUUCUUGAAUCAACAUGUAAAGAUGCUUCUGCACUGUUGGGUGAUAUGACAGUUAAUAACAUACCAAAAGAAUCUCCACAUCUCAAAUCGUCUAAUGUUGUCCCUGAAGCAAUAGUGGAAGGCAAAGUGAGUGAGUAUGAAGAUCUAUCAAUUUCUGGGCCUGUUAAAAAAUUGACAGAUUCAGAAAAGCCUAUUGAAAGUAAGUCUCUGGUGGAGGAAAGAGGAGAGAUCAAUUCUGAUCUUGUUACUGAAGGGGUCUCAAAUGUUUCUUGUACAGGUGCUUCUAGUGUGAAGAUGGGUAAAAAUUUGGAGUCAAAUGAUUCUGAUGGUUCUCAACUGACAGAGAACAACGCAAACAAUGCAAAAUGUGAUAUUGAAGAGCCUCUUCAAUCUGCUGAAACUUCAGCAGCAGGUCUCCAGUUGGCUGAAUCUUCAUGUCCAGCUGGUCUAAUUGCAGUGGAAACACCACUUUCUGAAGUGCUAGUGGGAUCCACUGAAACUUGUAACAGAAAUGAUGCUGAAAAUGCCUCUGUGGUGAUACAGCCAAACAUGCAAGUGGUUUUGGAGGACCAAAAUAAGACCGGUAACAAGAAUAGUGAGGUGGAGGAGACUGUAAUCUCAGAUGUUGGCGUUGUUUCUGGAUCCAAUCUCUCUGAGUCAGUUCUUGUUUCAUUUCAUAAGAAUAGGUCUGCUCCUGGGGUUACUGAAUGUGCAUCCAAGGAACCAGAAAAAAACCUUGCUGUUGAUGAAGUGGUAGUAACUAGGUUAGUGGCUGACAUUUGUACAGUUCCAAAGAACUCUGAGAAAACUGAAGUCUGCACAGUACUUGGCCAGAAUAAAGUACCAGAUCCACCCAUGACUGCCUCAACUGCAUCUACUGGUGUCCAACUUCCUCAAUCAUGUGAGCAAAUUCCAAUUUCUUCUAUUGCCCAUGGUGUACCAGAGGAUUCUGUAGCUUCCAUGAUCUCAGAGAAAGCAGAUGACAAUAAGAAACAUGAAGGUGCUGCUGCACUUAUUGAGGGAAAGAAUCCAGAUGAACAUGAUCUUGCCUCCGUUUUUACUGUCCAGGUUCCUCAGCAAAUGGAACAGGUCCCAAAUCCAUGUAAUAUGGCAAGCUUUGAUUCUGGGAAUCCACCGGAAAGCAGUGAUUUGAAGAAACAUGACAGUGUUACCACACUAGGUAAGGUUGAAGCAGAUGAUAUACCAAACACUUCAUUGGUCAGUGAACAUUGUCAGGGCAGAAUUUCAGAUGAUAAUCCUUCUGCAUCUUCAACAGUUCAGGUUUCUUUGGCUGAUGAGCAGGUCCCCUGCUCUUUCACUCCUGGUGAAAACACUGGUUCUGGGGAAACGGAUAAUUUGAAGAAACAUGACAGUACUACUGGACUUGGUCAAAUUAAAACAGAUGAUCUGCCAAAUGUUGCCCAAUCUCCGACUGUUAAGAUUCCUCAGCCAGAUGAGCUUGUCCCUGAUCCCAGUAUUAAUGGUUCAAGUGCUAUUGCUGGUGAAAUUGAUGCUUUGAAGAAACAUGACAAUUCCACUGGAAUGAGUCAAGGCAAAAUCUCAGACGAAAAUAAUCUUCCUCCAGCUUUUACUGUUGAGGUUAUUGAGGCAGAUAAGCAGGUCCCCAGUCUUAACGUUCAUGGUGCAAAUGCUGAUGCUGGGAAUCGAGAGGAAACUGAUAAUUUGAAGAAACAUGACACUGCAACAGGGAUGAGCCAGGUUGAAGCAAAUAGUUUACCGAGCACAGACUUGGCUACUGGUUUCAGUCAGGGAAAAUCUCCAGAUCCUGUUCCAUCUUUAACGACCCAGAUUAUCUAUCCUGAUGAGCAGGUUCCUCCUUCAAGUACUUAUGUGGCAAGUGUUGAUGUUGGUGCUUCCAUGAAUCCAGGGGAUACUGUGGACUUAAAGAAACAUGACAGCUCUACCACACUUGGUCAAAAUGAAGCAAUUGAUCUGCCAAAUACUGCCUUCACUCUAUCCACAUCUGGUCAGAUUUCUCAAUUAGAAGAGCAGGUUCCCUGUCCUUUGAGCACCCAUGUUGCAACUUCAGAUGCUGUAGUUUCCAUGAAUUCAGAGAAUCUAGAAAUUGGAGAUCACUCAGAAGAACCCAUCAAUAAUAGCAUUCCUAGUAAGAAUGAAGUGACAAAAGAUGAGCAGAACACCUGUCCUUCAAUGUCUCAUGAUACUGGUCCUAGUAAUGUACUUCUCAUUGAUUCAGAGAGUCCAGACAAAAGAGAUCAUUUUGAGAAGCCUAAUGUAACUUGCGUACCUGGUCAGAGUGAAUCAUCAGAUCUACCUGAUACUGCAAAUGCUACUUCCUUAUCUGCCCAGGAUCCUCAACCAGAUCAGAAGAUUCUCAGAGUUGGGACCUGUAUUGCUGAUGCUGAAGGUUCAGUGACUUCAGAGCAAGCACAUGGUUCUACUGGAGUAGGUAGCUCUAUAGGCCAGUGUGGGUACACAGUUCCAUAUUGUGCAGAUGAUGUUGCCUUGCAUGCGGUUUCAGCUGAUAACAAGUUGGAUGACAAUGCUCUUCAUUCUACUAAAGUCAAUAAUGAAGUUAUUCAAGAUCUUGCAAACCCCACUGUUGCUGGUCAAGGUGAAGAUAUUCUUGAUGUGGCAUUACCUGACCAUAAUACUAAUGCAAAUACCAAUAACUUUCAUGGGCAUACUUCGGGACUUACUGAUAGAACUGAAGUCUGUUCUGAAAAAGCUGAUGGCACUGGAGAUCAUCCUGGCAUUGUGCCAACUAGAUUUGCUUCUGCACAGUGUAAUGAUAUUGAUGACCGGAAUUUGGAAACCCCAUGUGCUACACGUGAAGAUGAGACUCAUGUUUCAGUGGAUGUGAAUCCUGAUGCCAUAGUUGGAAGUGCUAAGGACACUAACAAAGUAUAUUCCUUGGAAACACAAGCAUCUGCUGAUCAAGAUCCUCCAGAUCUUAGCAAGCAUCAUGAAGCUGUGGAUGUGCAGAACAACUCCGUAGCUGAGGAUGGCCAAAUUGGUCAUUCACAGACCAGUGGUUUAGAGGAAGAAAAAGAAUCAACUGUCAGUAAAACAGAUGAGUGUGACCCAAUGAAUGUAGACAACUUAGCUGUAGUUCAGGAAAAUGAAACACCAGCCGUUUCUAAGGCUGAGAAUGAAGAUCUGCUGGAUGCUUCUCUCAAUAGUGUAGUGAAUGAAAAAGAAGCUCCGGUGUUACAUCUGGAGUCCUCAUCUUCUUUGCCAGGACUGGAAGAUGACAAGAUGGCUAAUAUGUCUGAAAAGAUUGAUAUGAUGGAUGCUUCCCAAAUUACUGGAAUUGAAGAAAAAGAAGCACAAGCUGUUUCUAAAGAUGACAAAGAAGAUAAGAUGGAUGCUUCUCUCACUAGUGGAGUGGAUGAAAAAGAAGCUCCAGCAUCAGACAUGGAGUCCAAAUUUCCAGGAGUGGAAGAUGAGAAGAUGGAUGGCAUGUGUGAGAAGGCUGAUCCAAUUCCAAUGGAUACUUGCUCGAUUAUUGGAAUUAAGGAACAAGAAGCACCAGAUAUUUCUAAAGAUGACAAUAGUGACCAGAUAAGUAGAAUGAAUGGAAAUGAAGCAGCGGUGGUUUCUAAAGAUGACGAGGGAGAUAAGUUGGAUUCUUCUUUGGAUAGUAGAAUGGAUGUAAAAGCACUAGAUGUUUCUAAAGAUGACAAGAAUGAUCAGAUGGACGCUUUUCUGGAUGGUGCAAUGGAUGAAAAAGGACGGGCUUCAAACACGGAUCCAUCCUUAUCUCCUUUACCAUCCAUUGAAGACGAGAAGAUUGAUGGCACGUCUGAGAAUGUUAAAAUCGAAAGUUCAGGAGUCUUGGCAGGGUCUGAAUAGAACCAGGCAGAGGGGAAUAUCUGAAGCAUGCUGUGUAAAUGACAUGGUCGACCCAUUUUAGUUUUUUCUUCAGAUGGGUCAGGUGAAGCUCGGUGUCAAUAUUUCUAGUUGAACCUCCUAUUUUCUGCAAGCAGGAAAGCGAAUUCAUCCUUCCAGUUUCAUAUACGAUACUUAAACUUGUAUAUAAUUUACAUAAUUUUUGGGUAUCAAUCAGAAUCUCUCUAUAUAACGUGAGUUUGUGCAA